AUGUUAUUUAUGUUUCCUGAUUGUAUUACUCAUGAUCCUUCUUAUGCACAGGUUGUACAAGAUAGCUGGAAUUAUAAUAUUCAAGGGACUGCCAUGUAUAGACUUUGGAGCAAUUUGAAGCUAAUGCAGAUAGCUUUAAAACCUCUCAUCAGGAAAAUUACUGAUAUACAACAGCAAAUACAACAAGCCAGAUUGGAUCUGAAACAGGCCCAGGAACAACUUAAUCAAAACCUGUAUGAUGACAACCUUAGGGAGCAAGCCAAGAGUCAAGAGAAAACUAAGCAAAAGGGAAUCCUCACUCUCAUGGCUUUGGAUGGUAGAGUAUUUAACACCCCUGAACAGAUUGAAGAUGAGAUUCUGCAGUUUUAUACUAAUUUGAUAGGGACUUCUGCUGGGUCUCUAAGAGGUAUUGAUAUUACUGCAAUUAGAAGAGGAAAGAUCCUACCAAGAGAGUUUGCUCAGUCUCUCAUUCAACCUAUUGAGGACAAGGAAAUCUGGGAGGCCUUGAUGAGUAUAGGUAAUCAUAAAGCUCCGGGUACUGAUGGAUUUAAUGCAUAUUUCUUCAAAGUAUCCUGGAAUGUUGUUGGGCAUAGUGUUAAGGAGGCUAUCAGAGAAUUCUUUAAUGGUAACAAGUUAUAUAAGGCUGCGAGCUGUUCAUUGGUUACCAUGAUACCAAAAUCCUCAGAGGCAAAAACGGUCAAAGAUAUGCGUCCUAUAACCUGUUGUAGCACUGUGUAUAAGAUCAUUUCCAAAAUCCUUAUUAAGAGGCUUGGUAAAGUGAUUUCUGCUGUUAUUGAUGAUAGCCAGUUAGCAUUUGUUCCAGGGAAGGUUAUUCAUGAUAACAUUAUGCUGGCGCAAGGGUUGAUUCGAGGUUAUGAUAGGAAAAAUAUAUCCCCCAAAUGUAUGAUCCAAAUGGACAUACAAAAGGCGUAUGAUACCGUUGAAUGGAUUGCGCUUAACCAGAUCCUAAUUGAACUUGGAUUCCCCCACAAGUUUGUUACUUGGAUAAUGGUUUGUGUCACAACAGUGUCGUACAGGUAUUCUAUAAAUGGUACACCGACGAGAAUCCUUAAAGCCAAGCGAGGACUGAGACAAGGGGAUCCGGUGUCUCCACUCCUAUUCGUCUUAAUUAUGGAAUACCUUCAUAGGGGUGAUCUAAUGUCUGUCCAGAUGAUGAUGGCAAAGUUUCGGGACUUUUCUGCUACUACAGGUCUGGAGGCCAGUCCUUCGAAAUGCAAAGUGAUAAAUCAUUGGAGUACCAGGCUGUUAUCGUAUGCAGGGCGCUUACAGUUGAUUCGAAGUGUUAUUUUCGCGAUUACUAAUUACUGGAUGCAAAUUUUCCUAUUGCCCAAAAAGGUUCUUAAUCACAUUGAUAGUCUCUGCCGCAGGUUCCUCUGGACAGGAAAAGACAUGCCAUCGAGAAAGUCUCCCAUCUCUUGGGACCAUAUUUGUGAUCCGCGUGCUGCCAGCGGCAUGAAUUUAAUUUCUCUAGCUGAAUGGAACAUAGCCACUAUUGGGAAACUUUUGUGGAAUUUGUGUGCUAAGAAAGAUAAGCUUUGGAUUCGAUGGAUCCACUUCUACUACAUUAAGCGUAACGACGUGAAUACGUACCAACCCAAAGCCAAUAGUUCCUGGAUUCUGAAGGCAAUGUUCAAGCACAGAGAUGUGUUCUGUCAGUCAGCACUUUGGCAUGAGUUUCAAGCGACUGGAAAAUAUGAUACGAGCAAGAUGUAUCGCAUGAUGAGAGGUGAUAAACCCAGAGUUGCUUGGAGGUCCCUUAUGUUUAAUAACCAUGCUAGACCGCGUGCCAUAUUUACUCUAUGGAUGGCGUGUCAAAACCGGUUACCCACGAAAGAUAGGCUAAGUAAGAUUGGGAUUUUAACCGAUGGUUUGUGUGUGUAUUGUGAGCAAAUGGAAACAAAUCAGCACUUAUUCUUCGAUUGUGCCGAGACUAAGAAAACAUGGAUUCAGCUUCUUACCUGGAUGAAGAUUCGACAUACUCCUGGGGAUUGGACAGAAGAGGCUGAGUGGAUUUGUAGCCAAACCAAAGGGAAAAGUGGACGCGCAAAGCUAUUGAAACUAGCAGCCACUGAGAUGGUAUAUGCUACUUGGAACCAAAGAAACAAGAUGAUUUUUUAG